AUGCGCUUGCAGUUUGUGGACCACUUUCCGUCAGGCAGUCUCUUGCCCGUGAUAGCUCCUAGUCUUGCUCACAUCAUUGAGCAUUUCCCCAUGUUUACUCACGAACAAUACCUUGACAUUGUGCGUGCGCAUGCCGUUCGAACCGCUUCGGUCGAUCAUAAAGACUAUGUACGGGAUUUGUUGCGUGUGCAUACUUGCACUCAUGUCUGUGCACCUAAUUCGAUCGUUUUUCGGCAUUUGAGAAUUCCUAGACGUGAUGUGUCUCGACUUAUCUUACCUGUUCCUUUCGCCAUUGAUCAUCAUGCUCAGCGUGCCGCUGCUGGUCGGUCCACACGGUCUCAAUUGGAUGACGAGACUCGUUUGCAGGCUCGGACACACAAUUCUCAACGUCAUUUUGUAAAUUAUCGGUCGCGCUCUCCUGAUGCUGUUGUCGCGCAAGAUCCGGAUCUUCCGACCAUUCGAACGUUUGAAGAGAAGCGAGAAAUCAUCAAGGAAUGGCAACAUCACAUGAGUCUGGAUUUACAGCGUAGAGGAGCAUGUGCUGUGUGUACUUACAACGUGCGUGCUAGCGAGCUCAAGCUUCAAGGGUGUCAAUUUGCUGCCUCGGACGCAUCAAUGCUCCCAUCACCAACAUCACUUUUCCAGACUCGCUCAGUUACGUCCGCAGCUGCGACACCUAAUAGCCAGGUGGUAUUCUCACUGGCGAGCUAUGGAACAUCAGCAGGGAUCCUGCAUGGCGAGCUACUGGGCAUCAUAGCCGCUGUUUUACUGUCUAUUCACGCUAACCCGCAAGGACCCUACUCCGUUUUGACAGAUCACGAAAAUGCAGUCCACAUGAUACAAGAAGUACUUCCUGGUGCUCUACCCCACGUCUGGAACAAUCAGCUAACGCGUUCCUUGUACCGCUGGUUGUUUUCAAUUCUACACUCUCCAACACCCGCGCCCUCACUCGUCUGA